AAUCUAAAAAAACAAGAAAAAGAUAAAGAAAAGGAAAGAAGAAGAAGAAGCAGGAUUCACAGGUUUUCCGAUCGCGAGACUUGUGGUAAAUUUCUCUCCUCCGUCCCAACUUUGGAAAAGCAUUAUCGUAUCCACACUGGUGAGAGGCCUUACCAAUGUGAUGUUUGUGGGAAGAGCUUCAACUCGCUCAGUUCUUUCACUAAUCACACGAGAAUUCAUAAUGGAAUAAAGCCUUAUAAGUGUCACUAUUGUGAAAAAUCAUUCACGGAAACAAGCCAACGAACAACUCAUGAACGCACCCACACAGGAGAGAAACCCUAUAUGUGUGACUUGUGUGGAGGUCGAUUUUCGCUUCGGAGCUCUUUGGUGCGACAUCGUCGAAUUCACACGGGUGAGAAGCCAUAUGUUUGUAGUGAGUGCGGUGCUGCAUACUGUCAAUACACUCAGCUGUCUCACCACAAGAAAAAGUGUGGCCGACUCUCUGCCCUCCCAACCCUCACCCCACUUCUCUAUCAGAGUGACAUGGCCGAAUAUCAGGUGGAGAAAGACUCAGGUGAAGCCAAAUUAGAGAAUCAGGUAAAAACGGAAAUGGAUUCUGUUCCACCCAAAACAGCUCAGCAAAAUUUAGAGGACACAGAAGAUAGUACACAUUCAAAACUUUGCCUUCAAAAGUCAAAAACUGACUCUGAGAAUGAAUUUCAAUCUCAUCAGCUUUGUAAACCAUCAGAGAUAGAAUCAGUUAUUUCAAACCCUAGCCCAAACUUUCAACAUUUUCAUCCAUAUGUGCACCCAUUAAAUCAUGCUUUAUCUAACUUGCCACAUUUCGCCCCCCAGGAACCUGUCUCCAGAGAAGCCAUGGAGAGACUCUCAGUUCCUCAUCCAACAUGGCUGAUUAAUAAUUCAUAGUGCACAAUAUCCGUGAAGAUCUGGGUUAGAAUUGGUCUUCAGCAACCCAUGCUUAUCGAUAGAGGCAACUUAUGGGAUCGGGUAGUAGGCUUGCUUGGUUGACACAUGUCAUAGUAUCCCAAUUGCGUAUACCGAUGCUCAUGCUGUUGAUCACUGGAUUGUUUGGUGCAGAUUUGAUUAUUUACAUACUGCCACCAUAUAGCUGGAAUAUUGCUGAGUGCGGCAUUAAACAACAAACCAACCAUCCAUAGUGCACAACACUUUCAUUGUACGAUGGAAUACAAGGGGCUUGUUAAUAUUUUAAAGAUUCAGAUGACAAUAUGUGGUUUAGAGCACUUGCUUGAUUGAUAAUAAUCGUAUACUUGAUACGAUAAAAUGGAAUGCAAGUUACUUGUUAACAAGGUAAAAACUCGGGUGUUUGGUGCACAUUGUUGCUGGAUAAUUCAAUAUUGCUUCAUAAUUCAUAUUGCACAACAGUUUUGUUUUUCAAUGAUAUAUAAAAUAAAUGAAAUAUUAUUAUGGUAAAGAUGUAUGUGUGAAAGUGUGUUGUAGAGUUUAAUAUUGCUUUACGAUUAUUGCACAACAUUUUUGUUGUAAAAUGCAAUACAAAUGAAAUAUUAUCAUGGUAUAAAUACAUGUCUCAAAGUGUAAUUUACAGCUCAUAAUUGCUUUAUAAUUCAUGUUGCACAACCUUUUUGUUGUUCAAUGGAAUACAAAUGAAAUAUUAUCGUGAUCAAGAUAUAUGUGUCAAAGUGUGAUUUACGGCUCAUAAUUGCUAUAAUAAUAAUAUUGCAACACGUUUUCGUUGUUCAGUGGAAUACAAAUGAAAUGUUAUGGUAAAGAUGCAUGUGUGAUUUAGUGCUUCAGAUUUCAAUCCUCACAAACAUUAUUUUUGAACAUGUUGCAUAAAUUAUAAUUGUUUUGAGUACUUUUGGAUUGAAUUCUUGUUAGUAGAGGCUUAAAGCCUUGUGUUCUGCUCUCUGUUUUUCAUCAGAUUAAAUCCUGCUGUUCUUA